UAUGGAGUAGACAAGCAGGAAACAUUCUUUUCUUAUACAGGAGACAAAAAUACAAACGUGGCUAUGAUGGUAGUGUAGAUCUAAUAUAGAUAAGUCCUACAUAAACAUAUGUAUAAUUAUAGGUUAAAGAAUAAGUUACACAGUGUACAUGUAUAUCUUCUAUAAGACUGGGCUGUUUAUUUUGAAAACGUGUGCAUCUUUACAAUGUGAGCAUUGCAUGGAACUCUGUAGAAUACACGAUGCAUUAUGCGUGAUGGAAUUUAAUGUUUGUUUGUGUGUGGGAAAAUGAAUUCCGGAAGUUGGACGCCUUUCUAUUUAAAAUAUGGUUUCGUGGAGUUAUUACGUUUAUAGAAGGUAUGGUUAACCAAGGUGAAGGGUUUGUUGUUGUUUUUGGCGGGAAUAUGUUGCAUAUUAUUAUGGUAUAACAAAUAUUACAGUAAAGAUGGACCAAGAGAUAUUUUAUACACAUUACCAAGUGACAUGGCCAGUAAAUCCACAAUACCUCUUAUAUUACGCUGGGAACCAAUAUCCGGUGAAGGAGAAGGGAAGAUAACUUGUGGUCAAGAUGUUUGUGAAGUGACAUCUAAUAAAAGUAGAAAGGCAGAACAGAGUAUUAUGAUAUAUUCUUUCUAUGGCAGCCAUUUUAAAAUGCACGAUCUCCCACUGCCAAGAAGGGCUGGGGAUUUGUGGGCUCUGGUUCACGAAGAAUCUCCCAAGAAUAAUCACUACAUCUUCUCAAAUUUAGAAAUACUUCAGUUGUUUAAUUUAACUUCCACGUUUAAAAGACAGUCAUCAUAUCCAUUAACAACGUUUGGUUUGCGUGAUCACGAGAAAAUAAUGGAUCGGACGUUUUUAUUAACUCUGGAAGAAAAGAACCGUUAUCGUAAAUUAGGAUUAGCCCCCAUUGUGUAUGUACAGAGUGGUUGUGACGCACCAUCAGAUAGGGAUAAACUGGUCUAUUUACUUCAACAGUAUAUACCCAUAGAUUCCUAUGGAAGAUGUAUGAAAAAUAAGGAUUUCCCUAAAAGUUUGUCUUUUGACGAUGAUGGCAGCAUGGCGCCAAUGGAAUCCGACGAAUUUUAUGCUUUCUUGUCACGGUACAAAUUUGCCCUUGCCUUUGAAAAUGCGAUAUGUGAUGACUAUGUUACAGAAAAGUUCUGGCGCCCGAUUCAGAUAGGCGUGGUUCCAAUUGUGUUUGGAUCCCCGACAAUUAAGGAUUUUUUGCCAGAUGAAAAAUCAGCAAUAAUAACUAGUGACUAUUCUUCUGUAAAAGAACUGGCAGACCAUUUAUGGCAUUUAGAUGAGCAUGACGAUGAAUUUUCUCAACAUCUACAAUUUAAGUUUUCUGGAAUAACAAAUCCUAAGCUAAAGAAAUUCAUAGAGAAGAGAGAAUGGGGACGAGGCAAAGCCGCGUUUGAUAUGUUCACUGCCUACACUUGUUUUCUGUGUCACACAAUACACGAUAUUAAACGCGACCCGAAAAAAUUCUACAACAAGGAGUUUAAGAAGGUAGAUUUAUCACAUUACGGGUGCCCAGCCCCUCUUCGAUUUGAUUCAAAUGGUAUUUAUAACGUUGUGGACUCUUGGUGGCAACAGGAAUGGACGUUUUCUAAAUAUUUAGCAAGGGCAGCAAAAUAUUACCAUGACAACAACGAAAUAGUUUCCCCGGAACAAUUGAAUUCAUUCGCCCAGGUUCUCUACAAAACGGGAUUAUAGACUAAAAGAGGAAUGUGUGUAAACAUUUAUAUUUAAACGCAAACAAUAUCAUAGAAACGAUUGCGAUCUGUGACAAUAAAAAAAUUAAAGCAUU